ACUGCAGUAUAUUCGUAGAUGUGGCAUGGUGAUACCUCGGGCAGCUGCGCCAUGAUCUAACACUACCGCAACUGGUUCCCGAAAUCACCACCGCACACCUUGAUACCGGCCCUGGCAGCGAUUCCGAGUCAUGCUACACCUUACAGUCGGCGCGAGCGCCCCUCGCCGGGCUGCCUGUAGCUUUCUGACAAUAUCUCGACGACUGGCUUCCAAUCGACCUGCGGGCCAUGGUCCAAGAGCUCCACGGCCCUACGCCUCUCGUCGUACCAAUCAACUUCCUUCGAGUCCCCCCGCUCCAAAUACUCUCGAAACAGCUGAUGCCAUCUUCAAGGCUAGGAAGAUACCUUUGCUUGCCUCCGGGGUGGUAGCUCUGGGUCUCGGGAUAUAUAUCAGCCUUUUAGCAUCCUCGUUCUAUUCUUCGAGCUGCCACAAGGACUCAGAGCCGGCGCUAGAUGCGAUUCCGACAGGGCGACCCAAUGUCUUCACCAAGGAAUCGGCCAAGAAAUUUGACCAAAGUCUCGAGGGCUCAGAGUGGUUGAUGGGCAUCACUUCUCUGCGGAAAAAGCUUGCUGUAGAGGCUUACGGACAUGUGCUUGAAGUCGCCAUGGGCACCGGCCGUAACCUUCCCUUUUACGACUGGAGUCAUGUUCUCAGCUCUCCAUCGAACUCAGCAGUCCAGGCACUUGCACCGCCAAAGCCCAACGCACAAGUAUCCAAGACCGACGUGGUACCGAUUAUCUCUUAUACGGGAGUCGACAUUUCUGGUGAAAUGCUUGGCGUCGCUGUCGAAAAGCUCGCAGAAACUGUGCCAGAGUUUUCUGGCAUCGACCCUAUAACCGAGAAGCAGACUGCGCCGUCUCCUGAUGAGUGGAGUAAUAUCUCUUACCUCUCAGGUAGACUACGAAUGUUCCGGUCAGACAUUCACAAAUAUAUUCCUCCUCCCCCUCAGCAACCUUGUCCGCAGGCUAAGUACGACUUUGUCUGUUCAACGUUUUCUCUGUGUAGUGUCCGCGACCCAGAACAAAUGGUUCGGGAUUUGGCCAGUAAAGUCAAGCCGAACACAGGCAAGAUCGUCCUCGUUGAGCAUGGUAGAGGAUGGUGGGGAUUUGUCAACGGGUUACUUGACAAGUCUGCAGCUUCCCAUUUCCAGAAAUACGGAUGCUGGUGGAAUCGAGACAUUGCUGAAAUCGUCGAGAACGCCGCAAAGUCUACACCGGGACUUCAAGUCACAAAGGUCGAUCGCCCGUACUUUACACAGCUUGGGACGACCUUGUGGAUCGAGUUGAAAGUCUCGGAUUCAAAUGUGUCUUAGACGCGACACCUGGUCUUUCAUCUACUCGCAACCGAAGAGUCAUGAUACACUCGCUGCAGUCCCAAGGUGGUCCGCAAGUUGGCGUCAACAGCUGACAUUGGGGAUUUGUACAGAAGGGGAGGUUUGUUUAUUUCAUUUCAAUCAUACCCGGCCAAAUUUUGAGCUUUUUCCUCCCGGCCUAGAUUCCCAAACACCAAGCCUGCGCAGACGUCCUUGGGACCAGCUGCCGUUACAACUGCUAAUACAAAAAAAAGACAUC